UAUGUAUAUAUACAUAUAUAUAUAUAUAGAGAAUGAUAUACAUAAUGAAUAGAGUCUAUGCGUAUUAUUAAAAGAAAGAAAGAACCUAAUGCCAAGCUUAGAUUCUCUGCCUCCUUUUUAUUCUUAUCUUUUAUGCCGUCAAUUCAAACCACGCUUAUGAUCUCUUCUUUUCUUUUUUUAGUUCUAGUAUGGGUAAUUCUUUAUCAAACAAGUUGAAUAAAUACAACUUGGAUAGCACUCAUCAACAAGAUGUACCCGUACGUCCCAAAGAAGUACUUGUAAAAGAAGAAAUAGUUAGAAAAGAAGAGGCAAUUGGAAAAGAAGAAACAUUUAGAAAAGGAGCCAUUGGAAAAGAAGAAUAUUUAGUCAAGACAAUUGAAUGGAAAGAUAAGCCAGUCCAGAUUAUUACACAGAAUGAGAAUGGUCCCUGUCCUCUUGUGGCUAUAUGUAAUGUGUUGUUCUUACGUGGUGAUAUCGAGAUUAGACCACCCGAUAGAGAGUCUGUCACUUUUGAGUAUUUAGUCGAUCGAUUAGGUGAUUAUCUAUUAAACCAUGUACCUUUAGAAGACACCACUAAGAAACCCAAGGCACCUUUGGAAAGACAGACAACUUCUGAAUGUGUCUUGACCUAUCGUCAUCAUCUAGAUACAGCCCUUCAGAUUCUCCCCCAUCUACAGCGUGGAUUAGAUGUGAAUGUCUGGUUUGAUGAUAUUCGUGGAUUUGAACCCACAGCUGAAUCAGCCAUGUUUGAUCUGUUCCAAGUUGAUUUGGUGCAUGGUUGGGUUGUGGAUCCACAAGAUACAGAAACAUACCGUGUCUUGAGCAAGAGUCGAUCCUACAACCAAACAGUAGAAAAGAUAGUCCAGGCUAAUGAAAUGACCAACGCUAGCUCAGAAGAAGAACAAAAGAUGCAUGAAGGAUUUAUUGCGUCUGAAUUCUUAAAAGAGACAGCUACUCAAUUGACUUAUUAUGGACUCUCUCUUUUGUUGGAUGCAAUACCUUAUGAUAGUCUAUGUGUCUUGUUUCGAAAUAACCAUUUUUCUACUCUUUAUAGACAUCCAACAUCGGGAUUGUAUAUGUUGGUGACAGAUGCAGGACUUGUGUCUGAAGGAUCUGUAGUCUGGGAAAGCUUGAAUGAUAUUGAUCAAGGUUCUUCUGCUUUCUUUAACAGUCAAUUUAUACCCUCUGGUUUAGAGUAAGUGAGAUAUAGAACAAGGUACAGUCAUGUUAAUCUAAACAGUCGAUUUCUAUAACCUCAUUUUAAUAUGGUGAAAGAGGUUCUUUAUUUAAGCAUAAAAUAAGUAUCUUUGGUAACAUGUAGUAUAAUAUAAUGAUGAUUCCAAAUGAUAAACUUCUUCUUCUUCUUGUUCUAAAUUGGUACUACUGUUUAUUUAGAUUUAUUAAAAUAUCCUUUUGAUGUACGUGUAGUACUUUGACUCAAGGUGUGCUACCUCUACUUUAAUGCAAGUGCUAAACAUCCUGUCUGUGAUGGCAAUACCAGAACAAGCUAGUAUUAAAAUUGGAUCUAUUGCUAAAUAAAGAAAUAUUUAUAAAGUGAUAAAUUAGAUUGGCAGACAUACAUCUAUUGUUUCGAGCAUCUAGAGCACCCUUGU